UGGCGCGCUUCCAGUAUCACCGCUAGAUGGCGUGUUCACGCAGUGGCUAGCUGUUCGGCUGAGCGCGCACAUUGAGUUAUUUACAGUUGCUAGCGACAGGCAGAAGGCGAUAAGCCACGUAGAGUAGCACAAGACAGGACGACCAUGUGUACAUAUCUCCACAACUCUCACUGACAACAACAAGAUGGCGGACAAAAAGGGGCGUGGCAUGAGCCCUGCCAGCUCCUACUCUUCCCUCACUGGCAACUUCAGCCCCCGCAGUGGCAGUCCCAGCCCCGGGAUGUCACCCCGGGGCCAGUCCCCUGCCCCAGGCCGCCUGGGGUCCAGUCUUCCUUUGGAUGGGCGUGGCAUGCCAGGAAAGGGGAUACAGAUGGCCAUACAGAACUUGCAGCAUGAGCAGGAGAGGGUACAGAAGAAGACUUUCACCAACUGGAUGAACACAUACCUCAGACAGAGGGAUCAGCCAUUGAAAGUUGACAACUUGUUUGAAGAGAUCAAAGAUGGAGUGGCGCUGCUGUCUUUACUGGAGGUGCUAUCAGGGGAGAAACUGCCAAUGGAGAAAGGUCCCCGACUCAAGCGUCCACAUCAUCUCAGCAACAUUUCCACAGCAUUAUCAUUCCUCACGAAGAAAAAUAUCAAAAUGGUCAACAUCAACUCCACUGACAUCGCAGAUGGGAAGCCUUCCAUUGUCCUGGGUCUCAUCUGGACCAUCAUCCUGUACUUCCAGAUUGAAGAGACAAUGUCUAAUGUGCCAAAUAUGGGAGACAUGGACGGAGAUGGGCCGUCCAAAAAGAAGAAGCCUACACUGCCAAAGCAGAGCCUGCUGGCGUGGGCGGACAGCGUGCUGGCCAAGAAAUAUGGUCUGAAAGUCACCGACUUCGGGAAGAGUUGGCGAGAUGGAGUGGCCUUCAACGCGAUGAUCCACAACAUCCGCCCCGACCUGGUGGACAUGGAGGAGAUCCGCAAGCAGAACGCCCGUGUUAACCUGGAGCAUGCCUUCUCCACGGCCGAGAAUGAGCUAGGCAUCCCCCGGCUGCUUGACCCUGAAGAUGUUGAUGUGGAGAAGCCAGACGAGAAGUCUUUGAUGACGUAUGUCGCCACCAUCCUCAAGGCAUACCCCGAGGCUGGCGAGGCCAAUUUCCAGGGUGUUCCAAGUCUGAAGCUUGACACAGCGGACCAGGAGAUGCAGGCCUACAGCGCCCUGAUGAACUGGCUGAACCAGGACGCCAAGGACACACUGGAAGCAGCCAAACAGCCCGUCACAGACAGGCAGGCGGAACUCAAGGAUUAUUUGUUAUUCAAAGCCGAGAUGGACAAGCGAGAGCCAGUUUACCGGAAGAUUGGGGAGAAAGUGUUGUCUGGGAAAGCUGCCAAGUUGAGCAUGUCAGACUGGCAGAAGCUGGACACCAAGUGGCGUGAGGCAGAGGACUUGACCCAGCGCUGGCUGCUGAAGUUGGACUUGAGUUUGCCAGGCCGACUCGGUCAGUUCGGUCAGUGGCUGUACAACGCCGAGCGGCUGCUGGAGAAGCGGGAGCAGCAGGUGGAUGAGGCGGAGGAGAUGGCUGUGCAGAUGAGAAACUUGUUAGGUGAACACAAAGUAUUUUUUAAAGACUUGGAAUCACAGAAACAGUUCUUCCAACAAAUUAAGAAAGCAGGGCGCUAUGAGGGUGAGGUUCUGCACCCGCCCCAUAUGGACUUACUUCAUAAGCGGAUGGAGCAAGUGGUGAAACAUGCGCCAAGACGACAGUGUCGCUUGGAGUACUUGGAAGUGCGGUAUCUCCUACUGGCAUACUUGCUGGCAGCCGAGGAGAAGGCAGCACUGUGGACAGUCCAAUAUGGCCGCCUUGAGGAGGUAGAAGCCAUGGGAGAAGACUACCAGGAUUUUGUUGUGAAUGGGCAACUGUUUGACAACUACAAGAAGACACAUGAUGAUACCAAGAAGAAGGCAGAGGCCUACAAGAACAAUGGUGGAGACCCUAUUGAAAUGAAUGACUUGACGAGAUUCCUUGGCGAUGUGACUGGACGUUGGCAGAAGACAUCAGGGGAGAUCCGCAGUGUUGGGCAGAGCCUCGGUCAACUCCUGGACUCCUGGAAGUCCUACAACAGCAGUGUGGAGGUGCUGACCGUGUGGCUGACCGAGGGGGAGAAGGUCAUGCAGAGGUCACCGGAGGAGAAACAGCUCUACUUUGAGGACCUGGCUGAGUAUGAGGACAGGCACCGGACACUGAACCGGAGCGGGGACUACCUGAUGGAGACCACCCGGCCGGAGGUGGCGGAGGAGGUGAGGCAGACACUGGCCCUGCUGAACCGGCGCUACACGGAGCUCACCGAUGGCUUCACCAACUUCCAGCAGGUGGAGGUUAUUGGCCGGGCUCGCGACGAAUACUCAGAGGGCAUCCGACAUAUCGAGGGCUGGUUGCAGACCACGGAUGAAAUAGUGGGGCCCCAGAUUCCCUGUGUUCAUGCUGCCCUGAAAGAACACUUGCAGCAGCUGGAUGUGCUUGGCUCCCAAGUGUCGGAGAUCGAGGCUGUGUUCAAAACUACAACGAAGACAGCGCAGUCCUUGGUGAAGGACAGCUCCUCCGAUGUUGUCAAUGACAUGUUGAAGACGCUUAAUGAUCAUAAGGAGGUCAUCCUGAAGCUGAGGAAGGAGUUGCCUGACCGGAGCAAAGCACUCAAGGCCAUCCUGCCCAACGUGGAGUCCCUGGAGACCGGCAUCGCUGAUCUGGGCCGCUGGCUGGAGCAGGGGGAACAACUCCUACAGACUCACAGACUGGAUGGGUCAGGGGAGGCAACUGAAGCCAGACUCGAGAGGCACAAGGCCUAUUUCUCUGAGAUCACCUACCAAAAAUCAAUUCUUGAAAGCAAGAACAAAGUCUAUCAGAAAGUGAACAGUGCCAAGGGUAAGCUGAAGUCAGUGGACUUCACUCCAGCAGAUGAACUGAUGAAGUCAGUAAAUAUGAGAUUCCAGAACUGCGUCACAUCUGCCAAAAAUUGGGAGAAGCGUCUUGAGAAUCUUGCACGAUUGUGGCGCUUACUUCAGCAGAAGCAGAAUGCAUUGUCUGAGUGGAUGGACAAUGCAGAGACUGUGUUAGAAGAUAAAGAGGAUGACCCUGAGAGUCUCAUCCGCAAACACAAACUGUUCUUUGACAGAGUAAACCAGAAGAUGCUGCUGGACUAUCUGAGUGUAGGGGAGGAGAUCCUUGUUCAGUUGGAGGAACAGGACAAGGCAGGGCUCAAGAAGGAGAUGACGGCAAUAGAGAACCGAUGGAAGAAUAUACACUACCAUGCACCAAUUAAACUCCUCAAGCUGGAGUUUGCAGUCCCAGAAGACAAAUUUCUACAGAAUGUGACAUCGGCGGAGAAAUCCAUCAAACACCACCAGGAACAGCUUGCUCGGAAUGAGGAUGUGAAGGCCGCCUUGCUGAAACACAGACAACUGUUCCAUGAGAGUGACCUGGUCCCCACCUGUGAGAAGUGCCUGGGCAGCAUGGACUCCUUGUCCAAGCACCUGCUGGAGCUGUCCCAGGAUGAACGCAGCUUGCGGAACCGGUAUGACGACCACCUGCAGCGGUGGAAACGUCUCCACUCCAUCUCCGACACCACCCACGAGCAGCUGAAGCAGCUCCCGCAGCGAUGGAAGGACUACAACACAAAGUUGGGGGAAGUGAGUCGCUGGAUCAUGGACGUGGAAGGGCUGAUGAAGGAGAUGCAGAAGGAGGACCUGACCAGUGACGAGUACAAGGACAUGCUGGCCCAGUUCCAGAAAGCGAUGCGGAACAAGAGCAAGUACAUGGAUGACGCCAAGUGGCUGUCUGAGAACCUUGACCAACUGCUGAAGGACGAACCAGGUGCUGAUGGCAGCAAGGAGAAGAGUCGGCUGAGGGAAAUCAUGGACAAGUUUGGGAAGCUGGACUCCGGCAUGAAGAACACGUCAGAGAAGUCCUCCGUGUUCACGAAGAGCUUUGAGUACCGAGACAACUUGGAGCGCCGUGCCAACUGGCUUGACGAGACUCAGAGGCAGGUGAUGGAGCAUCCAGCUAUAGACAGUCUGGACGACGCUCGGGCGUACCUGCAGGAACAUGAGUCUAUCAUGAGUCGACUAGAGGCUGAGGCUCCCAACAUCAACGCCGACAUUGAGGCUGGGAAGAGGCUGCAGAGGGAGCGUAAUGCACCGUCCUUCGUCAGCAAGACUGUGGACGACCUCUCACGGAAAUGGAAAGACACAAAUGAACUAGCACGAGCCAAACUAACCAAACUACAGAAAACGGUGCACGACUGGGAGCAGUACGAGGGUGAGAAGGGGCAGCUGAUGCAGUACCUGAAGCGGGCAGAGGCUGAGCUGGACAAGCCGUCCAUCGCCACCGGCCAGGACAUGGCUCAGAAGGACCUCCAGGCCAAGAAGGAACUCCACUCGACCCUCAACAAGCUGAAGGGCAGCAUCUCUGAGAUGCAGAAGCUGAACGCUGCCCUGGUGGAAGGAGCUAGUCGAGAACGUCGUGGACCACUCAAAACUGAGAUGUCGGAUAUUGACAAACGCUUGGAGAAUGUAUCUGUGCGUCUCAAUGCUAAAUUGGCUGACCUUGAGGCAACCAUUGCAAAGUGGUCAGAGUACUACAAGAGACUAAACAACUUCUGUGAUUGGCUGAAUGUGAAAGAGACCAGACUUAAUGAAGUGUACGAGAAUAAGCGGGACUUGCCGGAACAGCAGCUGACGAAGGCCGAGGCGAUCGCGUCAGAGGUGUAUGAGAACCACAUCACCCUGGAGACACUGGAGAAGGAUGCCCGCGGACUGUCCAACAACUUCCGAUCGCGGGAGACAGCUGCGCUGAAGUCGAAGCUGACAACCCUGCGGCGGCAGUGGGAGAGUCUGUGUGCCCGGGCCAAGGACCGCAGUACCACCCUGUCGGGCAACGUCAUCCACUGGCAGGAGUACCAGCGCCUGCAGGAGCAGCUGUUGCCGUGGAUCGUCAAGGCCGAGAAGUACUGUGCCACCGAGCCGCCCAAAUGUGGGUCACUGGAGGAGGCGCGCCAGCUGUACGACGUCCACCAGAGCUUCCUUCAAGAGGCGGAGGAGCACCUGCCUCUGUUUGAGAAGAUGAACACGGAGGCCGGUUACCUAAUGGAGCAGCCCGACAUGCCCCGAGAGCUUGAGGUCAUUCAAGGUCGAUGGGGGAACAUUCUUGUUGCCUCAGAGGAACGCACACACCGCAUGGACAAGAUGUUCGGAGCAUGGACAGCCUUCGAUGAAGAGCAGGACAACUUCAUGGAGACACUACAGAAGUUUCAGAACCGACUGGCCCAGGAUCCCAACACAUCCACCACAGACAUCCAGGUGCUGGAGCACGAGCUGGCCCUGGCCAAGGCACUACAGGAUGAGGUCCGCAGUCAGCAGCCGCAGAUGAAUGCGUUGCAGCGGCGGUUUGAGCAGGUGCAGCCGUACGCCAGCCCAGACGGCCUCAACAAGCUCAAGCACAAGCAGGAUGACAUCAAACAGACCUGGAAUGACAUCAACACCGGGGUGCUGGAACGGCAGAAGAUGUUGACUACAGCCGUACAACAUCGACGUGACUUUUACGGUCGCAUGCAAGACUUCGAGAAAUGGGUGAAGAAAAUUCAGAGGAAACUAGAUACUGGGAGUGAAAUAUACUCUGAUGAGGUUGCUGAUGAACUUGCUAAGCUACAGGGUCUGCGAGGAGAGUGUGGUCAGCACGACCCUGUCUUCCAAGCCCUGCAGCAGGAGUUCAAGGAGAUGGUGCAAAACUGCUCCAAGGAUGAGGCAGCUGUGCUCAGUGACCGGUUUGACCGGAUCAUGGAAGGUUACACAAAGGUUGAGGACCUGAUUCAGAACCGGGAAAAUCUAUGUGACAACUGGACAAAGUACAACGACGACCACAAGGAGGCCCAGGCCAAGCUGAAGUCUCUUCAGACCCGCCUACAGUCUCCUGACCUCACGGAGGCAGAGGUCAACAAUAUCAAGAGGGAGAUCGCAGAACUGAAGGCCAGCAUGAGCGGCUGGAACAAGCAGGCAGACGGGCUGGAUGACUUGAUGGGAGCUUCCCAGAUGAUCAUCAAAGACCGAGCCACUCAGCGGACGCUGCACUUCAACUCGGAGCUGCAGAGCCUGGAGCAUCUGUGUGACACAGUGUCGGAGGCAGCACAGCAGAAGGAGAAUCAUCUCGGGGAGCUGGCACAUCUCAGUGAUGACUUUGUGGUCAAGAAGGACAAGCUGGUCCUCAAGCUCCAGGAGAUCCAGGACAGGAUCGCCUCAGCUGCUGUGGACAAGUCCAGCCUACAGGGGCUGAAAGAACUCAUCAGAGAAGUAGAGGAUAUUCGAGAUGACAUGUACGCAAACAAUCCUGAGUAUGAACAACUGCGCGAACUAGGUCGGCAGAUCAUGCAGUCUGACCCCAGCAAAGCCGCCGCCCUUCAGACUCAGCUGAGUGAGGUGAACCAGGUAUGGGAGGGCGUGCAGGCCACCAUCGCUGAAAAACACCAGUACCUCAACUCCGUGGGCAGUCUGUGGCAGCAGUACAACGAGGCCAAGACAGGUGUGGUCAGAGUGUUGGACGACGUCAACCCACUAGUCAAUCAACAGAUCGCUUUCUCCAACCCAGCAGAUGUCAAAAAGAGUCUGGACCAGCACAAGAAUGCAGAGUUUGAGCUGCAUGCCAACCAGACCCAGCUUGACCAAAUGAACACGAAGGGCGUGCAACUCCUGGAGGAACUGGCCAAGGUCCCCGGCUUCCAGUGCGAAACUGUGGAGGCCGACCUAGAUGAUGUCAACCACAAGUGGGAGACUGCCAACAGGACCAUCAUUGAUGAUCACCGGGAGAACCUGGAAGCACAGCUGGUGUGCUGGGACCAGCUGCAGUCCGGCAAGGACGAGGUUGCAGCUUGGGUCAACUCAAUGGGCAACAAGCUGGACGACAGCCUCAAGAACUUUGAUGAUGCCGUCAGCGUGGAGAGCAGGUUGCUCAAGUUCAAGGAAGAAGCUCCCUACUUUCAAGAGGUCCUGAAGGAGAUCAACCAGAAGAUGAAUGACCUUCGUGAGUUGAAUGGAGGUCAUGACUUGCCUGGCAUGGAGCAGGAGAUGCGGGAUAUCAUUGCCAAGUUCGAGCAUGCAUCGGAAACAGCUGGUCAGUUGGAGUCUGUCAUGUCCAAUUUCUCUGAUGAACAAAAGCAGCUACAGGAAGCCAUUGAUGCUGAAACCGAGUGGAUGAACAAGAUGAAGGAGAGACUAGCCAAAUGUGACGAUGUGACUGGCAGUGACGAUGACAUCAUUGCCAGAUUCAUGGAAUCAAAGGAACUACAAGAAGAAUUUGCACAGCACAAACAAAGAAUGGCUGACAUACAAGCCAAGACACGCUCACUUCAAGCCAAAUACCCAUCCUCAGAAAUGUCAAACCUAGCCAAGGAUGCCAACGUAAUGUCAAAGAAGUUUGAUGCUCUGUCAGGCCGCGCUGAGCGGAUAGAGGACUCCCUGCAGGGGACUCUGGAACAACACUGUCUAGAGGCCCAGCAGCAGCAGGCGCGAUGGCUCAACCAGGCCAAGGAGAAGGUCUCCUGGUGCGACGACAUCGGUGGAGACCGCUACAGUGUGGAGGCCAAGCUGUCUACCAUCAAGGACCUGAUGACAGGACUGGAGGAAGGGGAGGAGAAGAGAGCAUCUGCAGCUGCUCAGCUUGAGAAGAUCAAGGCCGUCCUGCCCAAGACCAAACAGAUGGAGCUGGAGGCCCAGAAGAAGGCCAUGGACAGAGAGUGGAACUCCCUGGCGGGACAGAUCGGCCAGACUCAGAAUAAGCUGGAGACAUCGAUCGACCAGUGGACGGACCACGACGGCCGGUAUGAAGAACUGAGCCAGUGGCUGAAGGAUGCUGAGUCCCGGAUGAGGAACCAGUCAGCCUUGAGGUCAGACCUGGAUGGCAAACAUGAACAGCAGCAGAACUUCAAGGAACUGGAGGCAGAGAUUGCAGCUAAAAGGAGAGAGUUUGAGGAACUCCAAGAUACUGCUGGUCAGAUCUCUCGCUCCACUGGCGACAACCGCACAGCGUCACAUGCAGCACAACUGCUCAACAGAUUCCAGACACUAACUGAGUCUGUCAAGGACCAGAGUGAGAAGUGUGACAGCAACAUUGCUGACCAUGAGACAUUCUCCGACAACAUGAAGGAUGCGAUGGGGUGGCUGGAAGAUGCCCAGCGGCAGCUGGAAGACUGUGUGUCCGGGGUCGGAGAUGAAGAGGCGCUGCGCCUUAAACUGGCCAAACUAAAGGAUCUUCUGGUCAACAAGGAGGAUGGACUGGCCAGAUUUAAUGCGGCGCUGGAGCAUGGGGAGAAGCUGUUCCCCAACACAUCGAACCAGGGUCGUGAGAACAUCCGGCGGGACCUGCGGGCCUUGAGGGACACUUGGGAGACUUUCCAGGACAAGCUGAACAACACUCAACGCCAGCUAGAGACUUCACGCAUGCAGUGGUCCUCCUUUGAUGAGAACUUUGAUCAGCUCAACAAAUGGAUCAUAGAUACCGAGAAGCAUGUUGGCGCUGAACCUGAGCUGAAGAACUCACUACAAGAGAAGAAAGCUCUGCUGCAGCAGUAUAAGACUCGACACCAAGACAUCCUGUCCCACCAGACCAUGGUUGACAGCAUCACAGACAAGGGGAGAGCACUUGCCUCCAGCCAAGUACAGAACAGACUCACCCAGCUCAACCAGAAGUACAGCCAGCUUCGCUCUCAGGCCCAGACCCAGCUACGGCAGGCAGAGCAGCACGUGGACCAGCAUCAGCUAUACCAGGACAACCACCAACAGACCUGCGACUGGAUGAUCUCCACCAAGGACAAGCUAGCUGUCUGCUCCGAGGUCAGCGGGGACAGACAGGCGCUGCAGAACAGACUGGACAGAGUAAAGGACCUCCAGUCUAGCCUGAGUGAGGGGGAGUCCAAGCUGCACAGCACACACCAGCACGGGGAGAAGACGCUACCGCAGACCGCUACCCAAGGUCAGAGGAACAUCCGGCAUGAGCUGGAGACGCUGGACCAGGACUGGCAAGGGCUGCAGGGCAAGAUGGGCGACAUGCAGCAGGGACUGGUCCAGGCGCUGGAAGCUCUGGAGAACUAUGAUGGGUCAUGUGAGGAACUUGGACACUGGCUGCGGGACGCCGACAGCAAGGUCAAGGACACAGAUUUGAAGUCAACUUUAGAAGAAAAACAGAGACAUGUUGAUGAGCUGAAGGCUCUUCAACGUGAGAUCGAUGACAAGCAGGCCAAGUUUAGCAACCUACAAACCAUGGCCUCUCAAGUCCAGGGAGCUGAUGCCAGGCAGAUCGGCUACAGCACCCAACUCGCCUCCAAGUACGAGACUCUGAAAGCUGGCAUCAAGGAUGCAAUCCGGAAGUGGCAGGACAGCGUGGAUGAGCAGCAGUCCUAUGAGAACAACCUGGCGCAGUGCGAUGACUGGAUGUCCACGCUACGGAAGAGGCUGGAGGUGUGUGGGGACCUCGCCGGCGACAGACACGACGUCGAGGACAGACUCGCCAAACUGCAGCAACUGGCUGCGGAGAAGGACAGCGGCCGCCACAGCAUCAUGCAGACAAUAGAUGCCGGGGAGAAGCUGUAUCCUACCACUGCCUCGGAGGGCAGAGAGGUGAUCCGCCAGGACAUCCGGAACCUGCGGGAGAACUGGGACUCACUGUGUGAUGAGGUGGCAGCGACCCAGAGGAAGCUGGAGUGCAGCCUGCUAGAGUGGUCCGCGUAUGACGACAACUUCGAGCAGUUUCAGAAGUGGCUGCUGGACACGGAAGUCAAUCUGAAGGAGGAGGAUGAGAUGAAGGCUACACUGCCCGAGAAGAAGGCCCAGCUACAGAACCACAAGGUUCUCCACCAGGAUAUCGUGUCUCGCCAACACAUCAUGUCCAACCUCACAGAGAAGGCGCACAGCCUCACACAGUCAUCGCCCUCCGCCAAGGUCAACAAGUUUGUCGGAGAGCUUCAGAAGAAGUAUGACGGCCUGUGCGACAAGUCCCGGGGGGUGCUUGGGAGCCUGGAGGAGGGGGUCAAGUAUCAUCAGCAGUUCCAGGAUGCCUACCACGACCUUCAGGACUGGCUCAACCUGUCCCGGGAGAAGCUGGACUCGUGUGCUGACCGCUCCGGGGACAGACUCUCUCUGCAGAGCAAGCGAGAGAGACUGAAGGAGUUCGAAGCCUCUGUUCCUGAUGGAGAGAGGAAGUUGAACAAGACAAGGGAGCUGUGUGAACAGACGGCCAAGCACACAUCUCCCCAAGGCUGUGAUGUGUUGCGGCGGGAGAUCGAGCACCUACAGCGUGAGUGGGAGGACUAUGUGGGUGUGAUGAGGCAGGUGGGCUCCUCACUGGACCAAGCCAUGGUGCAGUGGGGAGACUUCGAGACCAAGUUCCAGUCAUGCGCCGAUUGGCUGAAGCAGAUGGAACAGGCUGUCAAGAACCAUGAACUCAAGUCCACGCUCAAGGAGAAGCAGACGCAGGUGGACAAGUUCAAGAGACAACGUGAAGAGAUCCAGUCUCACCAGUCAGAGAUCGACCGAUUCACUGACGAGGCUCAGAACCUCAUGCACACAAGCUCCGAUGUGAGGCUGAGCACCCAGGUGUCCCAGUUGACAAACCGCUACCACGGGCUGCUCUCACUCAUUAAGGACCUCAUCAACAAGUGGGAGAAGUAUGUUCACAAACACCAAACAUACGACAGUCGCCUCACAGAGCUGCAGCAAUGGCUGAACAUGGCCAACCAGAGACUGUCUGGAUGCCAACAGCCCGUCGGAGACCAGGAGACCAUGGAGGAGAAGAGAGCCGUCAUACAGAUCCUGUUCUCUGAGAAGGAGCAUGGCCUUCAGAAGCUGAACCUGGCCAUAGAAGCGGGGGAAAAACUGUUCCCUGACACCGCCUCACAAGGGCGGGACAAGGUGCGGCAGGACUUGAGGACCGCCAAGGAGGACUGGGAGAAACUGUUCAGUGGUUUGAACGAUGCUCAGCGCAAGGUGGACACCUUCCUGAUGCAGUGGUCGUCCUACGCUGAUGGCCAGGAGCAACUGAUGCGGUGGUUGGCGGAGACGGAGGCGUCUCUGAGGGCAGACGUGGAUGUGAAGAACACCCUGCAGGAGAAGAGGCUGCAGCUGCAGAACCACCGGUCGGUGCUGCAGGACAUCACUUCUCACCAGCGUCUUGUGGACUCAGUCGUGGAGAAGGCCCAGGGUGUCCUCCACAGCACGUCUAACUCCGACGUCGCCGCCUUCAUCACCACAAUCAACUCCAGAUAUGAGAAACUCGCUGCAGAUGCAAAGACCCUGAUCGCCAAGUCAGAGCAGAAUGUGGCGCACCACCAGAACUACCAGGACUCCCUGCAGUCUGCGCUGGACUGGAUGACUCAGACUAAGGACAAGCAGAGCAUGUGUGCCGACACGUCCGGGGACCGACUCACCAUCCAGAACAAGCUGGACAGGCUGCAUGAGCUGGUGACAACAGUACCGGAUGGGGUCUCAAAGGUCAAGGACUGUGAGCGGAAUGCCGAGUUGACGAUGGACACGACAGCCAUGAAGGGUCGUCAGACAAUCCAGCAGGAGUUGGAUGUCCUUAGGCUGGACUGGGGGGACUACACCUCCAAGUUGUCCUCCCUCAAGGAGAACCUGGAGAGAGCCCUGCACUACUGGGUCAUCUAUGAGGAGAAGUACGACAAGGUCACAUCCUGGGUCAAGGACAUGGAGAAGCAGGUCAAGGAAGUGCCGCUGAGAUCAACAAUCGAGGAGAAACAGGAACAACACUCCGUCUGCCAGGACAUGAUGGAGACAAUCUCCCAUGAGGUUGAUGUAGUUGCAGCGGCCGACCAGCGGGAUAUCGAGUUGAUGCAGGAGAUCCGAGGCAAGCAGCGCGACAUCGACAAGUUCUCAGAUGAUGCCCAGACUCUUCAGCAGCUGACCGGAGAGGCUCGCAUCGGGAACUUUGUGUCACAGCUGUCGAACCGAUACCAGACUCUGCUCACCAACACAAAGGACCUGAUCAGGAAGACGGGCCAGAAUGUGGAGGACCACAAACAGUUCAGGGACAAGUACUCCGACUGCGCCCAGUGGCUUGCCAAAGCAAAGGCCAAGUUUGCCGAGUGUUCCGACUCUGGCGGGUCCCGAGCCGAGCUGGAGACGAGGCUGGAGAGAGCUCAGGACCUGCUACGAGAACGUGACGCUGGUUUUGGCAAGCUGAGUGCUGUUAUGGAAUGUGGCGAGCGGCUCUACCCCACGACUGCACCGGACGGCAGAGAGAGCAUCCGACAGGACCUCCGGCGACUCAAGAUGGACUGGGAGUCUCUGUUUGAUGACCUCUCUGCCGUUCAGCGCAAACUGGAGGUGGCCCUGGUGCAGUGGACGUCCUUCGACGACAGCUACAGCCAGGUGGGCAACUGGCUGCGGGAGAUGGAGAUGCAGUUGGAGGGGCCGGUUGUCUUCCGGGCCACCCUGGAGGAGAAGAAGUCCCAGCUGCUCCACUACAAGGCCCUCCACCAGGAUGUGCUGUCCUACCAGCGUGUGAUGGACAGUAUCACAGACAAGGCGCAGUCUCUGGCCCAGAGCAGCAGUGAUCCCCAGCUGGCGGCGUUCAUCUCGCAGACCAGCACUCGUUACAAGAAACUCUGCACUGCCGCCAAGGAACGUGUGCAGCAGUACGACACCUUCGUCACAGACCAUCAACAGUACAACGACGCCUACAACGCCUGUGUGGAGUGGCUCAACGGUAUCCGUGAGAAGCUGUCUGUGUGCUCCGACGUGUCCGGGGAUCGCCACGCCAUCCAGAGCAGGCUGGACAAGAUACAGAGACGAUGUGACAUUCUGGCAACCAAGAUGGAGGGAGAGCCGCGUGUGAAGAACGUGGCUCAGCUCGCGGAGAAAGUGCUGCCAAACACAGCCCCGCAGGGAAAGGACAUCAUCCGCAGGGAGACAGAAGCCUUGAAGGACGACUGGGAGGCAUUCAUCACCGCCCUCGCCAAGACCAAGACUGACCUGGAGACUUGCAUGGACCAGUGGAAAGAGUUUGAGUCGUGGCAUGAUCGCUGUGCUGCCUGGAUCAAGGACUCGGAGAGCCGCCUGCGGGAUGCUGACCUCAAGGCCACGCUCCAGGACAAACAGACGCAGCUGGAGAAACUCAAGGCUCUACAGGCAGAUGUUGCUGAGCACCAAUCAGAUCUGGACUCUCUCAGUGACUCCGCCCAGGACCUGGUGAGGCUGAGCACGGACUCUAGAGUUGUGUCCCAGGCCUCCCAGCUUGCCACCAAGUACCACUCGCUCUCGGUCAACGUCAAGGAACUGUGCCGGCGCUGGGAGCAGUAUGUCCUGGACCACCAGGCUUACACCCAGUCCUUCCAGCAGUGCAAGAACUGGAUCGGUCAGAUGAAGGUGAAGGUUGCCGGCGCUGGCGACGUGACAGGUGACAAGGUGACCGUGCAGGACAAGAUCAAGGACAUCCAGAAUCUGAUGUCCGAGAAGGAGGAAGGUCUGCACAUGCUGCAGAUAGCUCUGGACAACCUGCAGAUUGUGCUGCCCAACACGUCCGUCACGGGCCGGGACAACAUGCGGAGGGACAUGCAGUCCCUGCAGCAGGAGUUCGACUCCCUCGCCGGCGACCUGAAUGAGACAAGGACCAACUUAGAGGGAUGUCUAGCUCAAUGGACCGUGUACGACGACAGUGUUGACCAACUGCAAAGGUGGCUGUGCGACCUUGAGAACCAGGUGGAGGCAGACUCCCAGCUGCAGAACACGCUACAGGAGAAGAAACUACAGCUGGACAGGGUCAAGGUGUUGCAGCUGAACAUCAGCUCCCAGCAGAGCACUAUUGACAGCAUGAACGAUAAGGCCAACACACUGAGGCAGACCAGUCAGGAUGUCAAUCUCAGCGACCAGAUCCACCACAUUGUUGCUCGUUACGAGACACUGAAGACCAAAGCCAAGAACCUCCUCCAGACUUGCGAGACCAACCUGCGCGACCACCAGCUGUACCGAGACUCCUACAUGGAGGGCACUGAUUGGCUGAGUGCCACCAAGGACCGCCUGAACCUGUGCAGUGACGUGCGUGGAGACCGCCAUGCCAUUGAGGCCCAGCUCCACAAGGUUCAGGAGAUCUGGAACACGGUGGAGGCGGGACACAAGAAGCUGAGUGCCGUGCUGGAGAAGGGGAACAAGGUGCUGCCGGAAACGUCCACUCAGGGUCAGGAGCUGGUCAAGCAGGAGCUGGACAUGCUGUCUGGGGAGUUCAAGGUGCUGGACACGGAUCUACAGGAUCUCCUCAACCUCCUUGAGAACCUGCGAGACCAAUGGCACCGCUAUGAGGAAUACUACGAUGACUUAAGUCACUGGAUCAAAGACACAGAGGCGGACAUGAAGGCCGACUCAGAACAGAAGGCCACGCUGGAGGACAAGGGCAUCCAGAUGGACAAACAGAAGGCAGUGCAUGAGGAGAUUCUCCGCCAUCAGACAGCGUUCGACGGUCUGGCGGAGCAGGCCCAGAUCCUGAUGCAGUCGUCCAAAGACAGCCGUGUGUCCACCCAGCUGACCCAGAUGAGCUCCAGGUACACCGCACUCAUCACCCUCUCCAAGGACCUGAUGAAGCGCUAUGAGCAGCACGUUCAGGACCAUGAGCAGUACGCAGAUGUUUACAAUGACGCCACGUCAUGGCUCCAGUCCACGCGGGACAGACUGUCGGUGUGCGCGGACACAUCUGGGGACAGAUACACCAUACAGGCACAGCUGGAGAAACUGCAGGAGUUCACGGUGCUGAAGGAGGAGGGGCAGGCCCUGCUGCACACGGCACACACCUGGGGUGAGAAGACCAUGACCAACACAUCGGUGACCGGACGGGAGAUGAUCCGGCAAGACCUUAGUCAACUGCAGACUGACUGGGCCGUCCUGCUGAGCGAGGUGUCCGACACGAAGGUGCUGCUGGAGGCCUGUCUGCUGCGCUGGACAGAGUUCAGUGACAGCAACGACCAGGUCCUCCGCUGGCUGAAGGACAUGGAGAAGAAACUGAGGGAGGCACAGCCUAAGGCCGACAUUGGAGAGAAGCGGGCCGAGCUUCAGAGAGUCAAGGUGCUGUACCAGGACAUAGUCUCCUAUGAGCAGAUGGUGGAAUCUGUGACCAGCAAGGCCCAUGGUUUGGCUGAGAAGAGUUCAGCUAGUCAGGCAUCUACCGACACUUCGCAGAUUGCAUCGCGCUACACCACUGUGAAGGAACAGGCCCAGGACCUGCUGGCCCGGAACGAGCAGUACGUGGCCAACCACCAGGACUACAUUGACGCAUGCAGCAACUUUGUGUCCUGGCUCCGCACCGCCAUUGAGAAGCUGGCCACAUGCUCAGACACGUUUGGCGAGCGAUCCGUCAUCGAGGGCAAAAUAGAGAGAGUGCAGUCCCUGCUGCACAACUUGGCUGAGGGCACCCAGAGACUGUCGCACGCAACCAAGGCAGGGGAGGCCACUCUGCCCAGUACAUCCCCUCAGGGUCAGACCAAGAUGCGCCAGGAACUGCAAGCCAUGCACAAAGACUUUGAGGAGUUCCGUGGUCAGCUGGUGCAGGCGCAAUCCGACCUGGAGGUGUGUCUCACGCGCUGGGAGGAGUUCGAGGAGAGCUACCAGACGUUCAGUCAGUGGCUGAAGGACACGGAGAACCAGGUGCGGUCGGAGCUGGACCUGAAGACCAACGUGGAGGAAAAGAAGCUCCAGUGGGAGCUGUACCAGCGCCACCUGGAGGAGAUUAUCUCCCACCAGUCGGCUCUGGACCGUGUCAGCGAGAGAGCCCAGGCCUUGCUUCAGACCAACGCUGAUGCCAAAACGUCACACGCCAUUACGCAAAUCACCACCCGCUACCAGGCUGUCAUCGCCCACUGCAAGGACAUCGUCUGUAACCUGGAAUUCUACUUCACCAACCACAUGAACUACAAGGAGAGUCUGCAGCAGUUCCAGGCGUGGCUCAGAGAAACACGACAACGGAUUCAGACCCUAGAGGAUGACCAGGGGUCGCGGGACAAGGUCACGGCCAGACUGGAGCAUGCCGAGGGCAACUUUUACCUGGAGAUACAAGGCGCCAUGGACCGCGGACACAGCCUGCUGCGGAGCCUGCUGGACACCUGUGAGAAGACGUUGCCAUCCACCAGCAACAGGGGCUGUCAGACGCUGCGGCAGGACACUGAGGCAGCCAAGACCGAGUACGAGAACCUGCUGACGGAAAUGUCCCAAGCCAAGCGCAGUCUGGAGACUGCCUUGUCCCAGUGGGGAGACUUCGACCGGCUGUAUGACCAGCUCAACAUCUGGCUCACUGACGUGGAGAACAAGCUUCGGUCUGACUCAGAGUACAAGACGGACCUCCCUGAAAAGAGAUCACACAUGGAGAAAUUCAAGGCCCUCCAGGCAGACAUCGCUGCUCACAAGGACAUGCUGGCUAAGCUGGAGCAGAAGGCCGGGCAGGUGAAGGACUCCGGUCCCCGCGGCCAUGUGUCCGGACUCUCGGCCAGGUACCAGGCUGUCAUCACAGAGAGCAGGGAUGCCUUUGUCAAGGCUGAGGAGCAGGUCAAAGGUCAUGAGGACUAUCGUAAAGCAUACAUUGCUUGUCUGGACUGGCUAGCCAACACCAAGCAUCGGCUACAGCGGAUGAGCGACUACAGCGGUGACAAGCGCACCCUACAGGACCGGCUGCAGCAGCUGAAGGAGUUCAAGGCCGACUUGCGGCAAGGUCAGGAGAUGGUGAACCGGGCUGGUGCUCUGGGAGAGCGUGUCUGUGAGAGCACCUCACCCCAAGGUCGGUCUGUAAUCCAGCGGGAAAUGGAAGGUCUGCGUGAGGACUGGUCUGUCUUCUCCAUGGCGGUGUCAGACGUGGAGACAAACCUGGAGUCGUGUAUCGCCAACUGGGUAGAGCUGGACGAUGACCAUGUCACCAUAAUGAACUGGAUAGACAAGAUGGAUGCCCAAGUUCGUGGGCUGAUGGAUCCCAAACCCAACCUCAGCCGCAAACAACAGCAGUACCAAGAAGGGGAGGAUGUGUAUGAUGAGAUUGGGAGUAAGAAGGCUGCUCUGGACAAGAUUCGAGAGAAAGGGGACACAAUUGCCCAGCGGAGCAGUGACCCUCGUCUCUCCAACAGCAUGAUGCAGCUGUCAACCAAGUUCCAGGCUCUCUGCUCCCUUGCCAGGAGCACCCUACAAAAGCUGAAGGACAACGUCCAUGACCACCGAGUGUACGAUGACGCCCUGGAGUCGGCCAACAAGUGGUUGGCCAUGAUGUGUGAGCGUGUGCAGGCGUGCAGUGACACUGCCGGGGACUGGACAGCCAUACAGGACAGGAUCGCAGACAUUAAGGAUGUGACGGCCAGUAUGGACGACGGUCUACAGAAGGUCAACUACGUAUGUGAUAUGGCUGAGAAGAUCCUGCCGGUCACCUCCACCAAUGGCAAGAGGACCAUCGAGAGUCAGGUGACACAGAUGACCAAUCAGUGGGAGAAGCUGAACUCGUCCAUCAAUGACUGCACGGCCAUGUUGGAGGGAGUUCAGCAGCGCUGGCAUGAGUACGAGGAGUACUUCGGCAUGAUCGUCAAGUGGCUGGCGGAGGUGGAGAGUCAGUUGGAGCUGGACCCCGAGCCGCGGGCACAGCUGGCAGAGAAGAAGACCAUCCUGGACAAGUACAAGAUGAUCCUGGCAGACACCGACCACCGUCAGCGACUUGUGAACGAGCUGGCCGACCGUGUGGCCAACCUGGAGGCGCUGUGCAACAACCCCGACGUUGCCGAUUCUCUCACCGAUGUCCAGGCUCGCUAUGAUGCUGUCCGCAACAGAGCCAGGGUGGUGGUGGCCGACCUGCAGGCAAUCUAUGAUGACCACCUUGACUUCCAUGAGGCGCAGCAGGAUUGUGAGAAGUGGCUGCUGCAGACAUCAUACCGACUCAUGUCUCACAACUCUCUCAAUGUCAGCUCCCUGGAGCUCACGCAGAGGCAGAUCGACAAACAUAGGGCUCUGAUCCGGGAGAUCGAGGACUACCGCCUGACGCUAGACUCGGUGAGCCGGAAGGGGCAGCAGCUAGUGGUGAUGGCCCCACGCCUCCCCCGUCUGGCCCAGCAGGUGCAGUCACAACUCCAGAACCUGGAGGAGAGCUACGUCAACCUGCAGUCCACCGCCCAACAGAUCAAGGAUCGCCUCCAGGAAGUCUUAGACAAGUGGCAGCAGUAUAGAGACUUACUCAACUCCACAUCACAGUACCUCCAGCGUGACUUCAAAGAUUGGCUCAACCAAAAUGAAGCUGAUGUUCCAGACACACUUAACGAGGCACAGGAACAAAGGGAGGCAACUCAGGGAAUGCUGGAGAAACUGGUCACCAAAAAGCAGGAUCUGGCCGCGUCUGCCCAUCGCUGUGAGAACCUUGGCAGUAUGGAGAAUCUAGACCAGACAGAAGCUGCUGGAGAUUCCUCCAUCUCCCACCUGGCUGACGGGGUCAACAGAGAGCUCCAGGACGCCAUCACUCAGGUGGAGGCUCGCCUGGACAGUUUGCGCGACAUGAUCAGGAAGUGGGAGAAUGUGGAGCGAGAGAGAGGCUCGCUCCGUCACUGGCUCCAUGCCAAGAAGGAGGAGGUGCAAGAGAUGGCACAGAAGCCAGCCAAGCUGCAUGCUGAGGCCGCCGAGAUUGACAUUGACAGGAUCAAGGCCUUGCGGGAUGAGGUCGUGGCUCGAGGUCCAGCCAUCGAGACCUUUGUGUCCCAGUACCGGAGUCUCACCCAGCACAACCCAAGCCUGGCCGACCCUGUUGUGCAGGCUGUCCGGGACGACUGGGAGGAGCUGAUUGGUCAGCUUGACAACCUCCAGGCCAGCCGGGAACAGGCACUCAUCGACACACGGGAACUGCAGAACCACAACGACACGAUGGAUGAGGACCUGGAGAACUACGCUCGUGCGCUGGAGAGGAUCGACAAGUCUGAUGCUGCUGUGGAGGACAAGGGGAUUCAGAUGAAGAAACAUGGAGAGGAGAUCAAGAAACGUCGAGCAGAUGUGGACAUUGCGAAGGUCAAGUCUGUAGAACUGAAGGACAAACUGAGUAAUCAUGAUGCAGACCUUGUGGAGGAAAGAGUCAGGACGACCGAGCGAAGAUAUACCGAGCUCCUCACAACAGUCGACAGGAAGCAGCAGCAAUACUGCAUGCUGGGAGGAAGUCUGGAGGACAUCAAGGACGAGGCCAACAAGUACCUGUCAUGGCUGCAACAGAAGCAGACUAAGAUCAGUGACGACACGGAGGCAGACACACAGACGAAGCUUAAACAUCUGGAGGAGCUGUGUGGUGAGUUGGAUGCCCGACAGGAGACACUUAACACCAUCCGGGGCAAGUCAGCGUCCCUGGUGGUGGAUCUGCCCAUCCCGGAGCGAGACUCAGUGGAGAAGCUGGUAGCAGUGGUACAAACGGAACAUGACAAGACGUACACAUUGAUGUCGCAACAGAUGGAGCUCAUCCACGGCAAGAUGGCAGAGAGAAAGGACUACCAGGUGAUGGUGGACAAGCUUGUCUCCUGGCUGGAGGAUCGGGAGCGCACUGCGGAGAGGAAUGUCACCUUCAGACUCCUGGCCAUGGAUGUGGACAAACAGGCCGACAAGUGCAAGAGUUUGUGCUCAGAAGUGCAGGGUCACAUGAAGCACCUUGAGCCAGUCAAAGGUCAGGCUGAAACGUUGAAGGCUGAAAGUGGUGAAGACUUGGCAGCCACUAUGGACAAGACUCUCAGUGCGCUGACAGGGAGGUACGAGGGUCUGGUCACACACCUGCAGCACCAGCAGGACAUCCUCCACACAGUGGCGGCGGCGCGGAGACAGUUCGAGGGCGACUGUCAGCAGAUCGAGCGGUGGUGCGAAGACACUGAGCUGCAGUGUUCCACUGACGUUCCCCUGGAUUGUGCUGUGGAAGUGCUGCAGGAACAGAUGAACACCUUCCAGGCCCUGCAGAAGUCCAGUGAAGGACAGGCCGACCUCCUGGCCAUGACCCUACAGCGAGGUGAAGGCUUCUACACAAACCUGUAUGAAACUGACCGGCCAGUCCUGGACAAACAGCUCGCAUCGCUACGUCUACAUUUUGACCCCAUUGCAACCUCACUCUCAGAACGUGUGGUUGUCUUGGAGACGGCAGUACAGAGCCAGAAAGAGGCUGCUGCCAGCAUCUCGCAGACGGAGGUGUGGCUGAAGACCAUGCAGAUGGAGAUGCAGCAGGUGCCCCUUGGAGCAUCAGUGGAAGACGCUGAAGAUGCCAUCACAAGGUUCCAGGACGUGGAGCAGAAGUUGGCGGAGUAUCAGACAUCUGUUUCAAAGUUGAACGAGACGGUUUCAGUCCUGAGGUCUGCCGGCCAGACCAGCCAGGCUGAGGCGGUUGUGAAACUGACCAGUCACUAUGAGCAGCUGAUUGACCAGGUCUGCCAGCACCAGAACCGAGGUCGCCAGACACUUCAGCUCCGACAGCAGUUCCUGGCCCACAUCACCGACCUUGAGAACACCAUUAGACAGUGCCAAGACAAGAUGGCUGCCGUGACAGAGCUUGGAGUGGAUGUCACCACCAGGAUUGACAGAUACCGGGAAAUCAAGGACAAGCUGGUGAGUCUGGAGCCAGGUCUGUUUGUGGCCAGUGACCAGGCUCAGCAGAUGGCUGUCGACAUAUCGGCUGAAGACGAUGCCAAAAACAAACAGAGAGUCCAAGCCGUGCGCGACAAGGUGAAGGACGUUCUGACAGAGGUGGAUUCCAGGAUGCAACAGUGUGAGCGACUGCAACAGGAACGAGAAGACUUCGAGGACACGAUUGGGUCGACCAUUGCCUGGCUGGAGCAGAAGGAGGACAUCCUGGCAUCCCAGGGGACGCUGAACCUCGACUCCGACAAGGUCAACCCUGUCCUCAGGAAACACCAGGCGAUGUCCAGUGAGGCUCUGGAGAAGCUGAGUGUGAUCCGGGAGAAGGCGGAGAUGGAGAAGCAGCACUACGACGAACUGCAGGAGGUCAUCCCCGUUGCCCUCACCGAGAAGCUCGGCCAGAUCCACAGCCUGGAGGACUCCAUCAAGGACGCAAUCGACAAGAAGGAGCAGUACCUGGUGGAUGCCAAGGCUGACCGUGUCCAGUACGAGAACUCCAUGCGCCAGGUGAACGAGUGGCUGCACGGGGCGGAGGACAUGUUGGAUUCUGGCUAUGAUGGCCUGGACUACGACACGAUCAACAACACUCUCUCCGAAUACACGGACUACUUCUCGGAGGCGAGCCUCUGCCAGGAUGAGAUGGAGCAAGUGAUGGAGCUGUCAGACAAGCUGAUACCCACACUGGACACCAACGACAAGACCACCCUCAAGCAGUCACUCGCCAGCACCAACAAGAAACUGGCGGCCGUCAUCUCCACGGCACAGGGCAAACAGGAACAGCUAGAGUGUAAGGCCUCCGAAUGGAAGGUGUUCCAGGCUGCUCACCAGGACCUACACCUGAUUCUGGAGGGCCUGGAGACGCAGAUAGCGGAGGUGGACAAGAUGUCCGUUGUUACUCCCCAGGAUCUGCAGCUUGCACUCGACACCACCAAGAACAUUCAGACAGUGAUGGAGUCGCAGUGCCGACCUGCGGUGGAUGAACUCAAUGACCACGCCCGAUCCCUGGACCGCGUGGCCAACUCCAACAGCCGCUCCCUCAUCAACAAACACACCAACAGCAUAAACAGCCGCUGGAACACCCUCGUUGCACAGAUGGAGGCCAAACUGCUGAAUGUCCAGGAGACGGGCAGUCAGUGGACCGACUACACCACGGACAUGGAGCACAUGGAGACCUCCCUGCAGGAGGUUCAGUCCAAGCUGCACGAGGCGCGGCAUGCCCGGGACACCGACGACCUCAACACCUACAUCACCAUCCUGCAGGAAUUGAGCCUCACGCUGUCAAGUUCAGAGACCAGGCUUGAUGUUCUGCAGAGGUCCGGUAUGACGCUGCAGCGAAGUCUGCCCACGGCGGAAGCCAGGGUCUCCAGUCAGAACAGCCUGCUGUCGGCUCAGGAAACCCUAGAGAGACUGCGGGAUGAGGUAAGGAGCGAACUGACGUCUGCACGGGAGGACCAGGAGGAUCAACAGUCGUACCUGACCGAGAUGAUGCAGACCAUCACGUGGUUCACUCACACCCAGGACGAGCUGAUGCAGCUUCACAUGGGCCCCGAUCAGACACACGCAGCAGACAGCUUACAGCGAUACAAGGUUCUUCAACAAGAUGUCAGGACUCGCAUCCAGCAAUUCAAUCGCAUUGUGCAGGUGCAGGAGGCUAAAUAUAGCGCUCAAGGGAAGCAACUGCCCGAGUCGCUGCGUGUCGAGAUGACACGGGUCCGGGAACUGGAGGCGAGUAUGACAGACACUCUUCAGUCAAAGGAGGAGGAACUUUUGAAUCUUCGAGAAGAUCGGGAGCAGUACCAGACUCAGCUGGAGCUGGUGACAAGAUGGCUGACACGAGCAGACGCCACCUUGAGGAAACAAAUACACAACCUAGAUGACAGCAACCAGGAGCAUGAGAUCCUGCUUGGAGAGAUCCCAGAGUUCCAGACCCAGCUGGAUGCUGUGAGAGCAACAGGCAGCGCCCUCAUCCAGCACACCCCCGACCCCGCUGAGAAGACUCGCAUCCAGAGCAGUCUUGCAGAGGUGAACCGCCAGUUUUCGGCGACACAGUCCCGAGUCCGGGAGAGGAGCCAGCAUUUACAGGAAGCAUCACGGUUGACCACGUUGUAUGGUGAUGGUGCAGCGUCAGUGACGGCAUGGCUCGGGGAGGCAGAAGCCAUCAGUGGUGCUGAGCUCAGCUGGACUGACUUUGAGACGGUCAACGAGGAAUUGAAGACUUUCCAGCGACUGUCGGGGGAGUCCACACAGAGCCAGGCUCAUCUGCGAAGUCUCCAUGUGACCUUGAAACAGCUCAGUCAGUUCAGCGACACCUCCUCGGCCGCCGCCCAGCUGGAUACCAUGUCACAGAGGAUGUCAAGGGUGUCCGUCACAGUGCAGGACCGUCUGUCCACGUUGGAGGACACACAUGCCCGUAUCGAAGAGUAUGAGACAGAACUCUCGGACAUCACACGCUGGCUGGAGCAGACACGAGCACAACUGGCGGACCGGGAUCCACCGCUGGAUGUCAAGGCCCAUCUUGCUGGUAGUGAGCAACUACUUCAAGAGCUGGGAGCCCAGAAGUCGCGGGCUCAGAUGCUCCUCCAGCGAUACAAUGAUCUGAGAUCCAUGGCGGAGGUGUCCACACCCUCUGUCGGCUCACGGCUGCUUGGCGACAUCGGACAGCUGGAGGACGCAGCUGCAGAACAGUGCGACCAGCUGCGCAAUGUUGUGCAGGAACAGGAUCGGAAUGAUUCCGAGAUAAAACAGCUCAAUGACGCUAUCGGCGAAGCACAAGAAAAACUGCUGGCAUCACCAGUCCUUGCCUCCAGCGUGGAUACACUGAAACAACAGAUAGCUGAACAUGACACUCUAGCUGCCCAGAUUAAGACCUACCAAGCCCGCCUCAGCCAGAUCAAUGAGAAGAACCGAGGGUUGUCGGAGCGCAGCCUCCAGCGCAGCCCUACUCUAGUCCGCAGACGCUUCCUAAUGAACACUAGUGCUGGUAGUAGUGGAUUCUCUAGUGCCCACUUCCGCGAUCGUAGUUCACCGUAUUUCUCGGGAAGUCACUUUGGCUACACAGACAGUAUUGAAGACAGUGGUGCUCACAUGUCCGACUCUCUCAACACAAUGCCCUCCAGUCUCUCCUGGUCAUCACUGUCCAACAGAUCGGACCGCACAUCAACCACAAUCCGCAGUGUGGGACGUCCUCGGGAACAGGUAGACAGCUUUGACAGCUUUCGGUCCCAGAGUCUCACCAGCCUCCGUUCUGAGAGAGGCGGACAUGGUGGAGAGAGACCAUCACCCUUCCAACCAAUCAAAAGUCAGAACGACACCGACAAGGUAUCCCAAGGCGCAGGACCAGCCUCCCAGUUGGCGGAACUCAACACGUCCUGGGCCAGUCUACAGGAACAGGUUGUAGCCAAGGAGAAGGAGCUGCACAGUGCCCUGCAGCAGCAGGAGGACUACCAACGCUCCGUACAGGAAGUGACAGCUAAGAUGGAGCACGCUCAGAAGAGACUUUCCAGCAGGCCACUCAGGCCACCUGAUUACUUCGAAAGACAGCAAGGGCCACUCAGGCCACCUGAUUACUUCGAAAGACAGCAAGAUGAUCACAAGGAAACUCUCUCCGAGAUAGAUAGUAUCAAGAAUGACAUUAUCCAAGUGCGAGAGCAAAGUCGAAUGAUCCUGGACAAGUCGGAUCCUGAAGGUCGUAAGGCCAUGGAGGCAACGUUGACAAUGCUGACAGACCGAGCUGAGAGCCUGCAGACGAUGGCCGGUGAUGCGGGCCGCAAACUGCAGGCAGCAGUCAAGGAUCAAGAGAAGCACAAUAUUCUGCUGGAGGCGUACAAGAAACGUGUGAAGGAUGUGGAAACCUGGCUGUCAGAAACCAGAACGAGGCAUGUGACGACUGCCCUGCCAACUGACACCAUGGACGAGCUCCAGGCUGAGAUGAGCAGCACCAGGGACUCUGUGGAGGAGGUGAACAUCCAUCUACGGCUCAUGUCGGAUCUGGCUGUGCAGUGUGAUGCUGUGUGUGAGCAGGAGACGCCCACCAGUGCCGAGAAGCUGAGGACACAGCUGGCCAGCCUGCAGAAGCAGCUCGGGGACUUCAAGCUGGAGACCAUCGACAAGCAGAGCCAGCUCCGCAGCGCCAUCAAGGCUGCAGACAAGAGGCAAAGGGAGAUGACCGACUACGAGGACAAUGUUCAGAAGCUGCAGCAGUGGAUCAGCGACACAAAGCAGAUGACUCUCCCAGCCGUCAGGUCUGCAGACUACACCGCCGCGAUGCCUGAAUGGCAGCGACUCCAACAGGACUUGACAUCUGGACUAGUGGAACAUCGCCAGCUUGUCCAGCAGAUCUCAGUGACUGGUCAGCGGUCCCGAGACAUGGCCUUGAUGUCCGAUACGUCUGAGCGGGUUGUUCCCGCUGUAGGAGAAGCUGAGCUUCACCUGAGAUGGGAGGAACUGCAGAAGGAUCUAGCUCAGAAGAAACAGACCCUGGAGGACUUUGUGAAGACGAGAAAACCUGGGGAGCUGCCAGUGACAAGUUUCCGGUGUCAGAGCCUGUCCCCCGGGGUGGAUCCGAGCAGGAACCUGGAGGAGAUCCGGCAGAUUGUGGGUGAGCUGGGUGAGUGCUGGGAGCAGCUCCAGGGACAGGUGGAGGACAGGCAGGUCCGGGUGGAGCAGGCGCUCUCCUUCCAGCACCAGUACCAGCAGGCCCUUCUCACCAUCUCCUCCUGGCUCGACUCCGCCCAACACCGCCUCCUCACCCCCGACAUAGGGCGCACCACGCAACAACAGCUGCACGAAAACGAGACUUUUCAACGAGAAAUCCAAGGUUUGCAAGGGGAGAUAACCACGAUGAAGGCCCAAGCACAGAACCUUCUGUCCACGACCAGCGGAGAGAGUCGCGAGCUCAUCCAGCAGAGUCUCUCCAACCUCAAUGACCGAGUCUCCAUGUUAGAAAGCCAGGCCCAGCACCGCGGUGAGGAACUCAGGGUGGUCGACUCUCAUUGGCAACAGUAUCAGAACGAGGUGGACAGUCUACAGAAACAGCUGCAAGACACGCAACGCCUCAUUCACUCCCGACCCCCAUCGUCCGCAACCAGCGAUGACCUGGUGGGCACUGUCCAGGCGACUGACCGAUGUGAGACCAAGGAGGAGAUGGAAACACACCUCCACCAAUGUGAAGGCAAGCUCGACAGCCUCAAGAAGAAGGAGACAGAGUUGUCUGCCCUUUAUCCACAAGGUGUCUUUCCCUCUGAGCUGCGAACACUACAGACCAACUACAUGGAUCUACAGCGCAGGGUGUCGGAGAGGAGGGCCGGUGUGCUGCAGCUAGCAUCAGGCCAGGAGCAGUACGAGAAGCUCCUCCAGGACUAUGCUCAGUUCAUCGAGACAUCUGAGGGCAAACUGAGGUCGGAGGAGGUCGCCUCCAGUGACCUGAUCCACCUACGGCAUCAACUCAACGCACAUAAGGAUUUCUUCAGUGACCUUGAGGUCCACAAGGCCAUGCUGGACUCGCUUGCGUCUCAGUGCCCAGUGUCCGUGCGAGACCAACACCAGACCAAGCACAACCACCUAAGCAGCCAGACCCACGUGUUGGUGGACAAGGCGAGCCUGCACGGCCAGCGGCUGGAGCGACUGGUGCGGCAGUGGGAGGACCUGGACGUGAAGCUGACACGGCUCCAGGGCUCCCUGGCCAGCAUCGAGCAACAGAUUCCAGGAGCCAUCGCUAGUGGAGACUCCAUGGCAACCAUCCAGACCAAGCUGGAAAAAUAUCAACAGCUACAACGUGAGCUGGCCGAGGAGAAAGGCUGGGUGUUUGAGGUGGUCGACAAGGGAAAGCAGAUUCUGCACAGCCUUACUUGCCCCGAACUGGAGAACUCCGUCGCACGACUCGCAGAUAGAUGGGUAGACCUCAGUACUUCCCUGACUCAGGAUCUCAAAAGAACUGAAAUACUGGGUGACCAACUGCAGACAUUUGAAGCAGAGGCGGCCAUCUUGAACUCCUGGCUGACGACAGCAACUAUGAAGUUGUCAAGUUUGAAGCAGCUGAGUGAGCAGGAUCUACAAAGUAUGGCUGCCAUCCGAGCCAAGGUGGAGAAGUUGCUGGAGUUCCAGAAAGAGGUUGAGAACCAGUUGCCUCUUCGUUCUAAGGUGUUAAAUGUUGGUCGUCAGUUGAUGAUGAGCUCAUCGUACAACACCACCGGUCUCGGUGAGCGCCUCCAGGGGUACGAGACAGAGUGGGCCCAGCUCCAGCAUGACAUCGUCCGCACCGAGGAGACGUUGCACCAGGCCCAGAUGGACCUGAUGCCAUCCCGACAGGCCCUGCAUGAGCUGGCCGAGUGGCUGGACAUCAUCCGGACACAGCUCCGGGAGGACAAGAACAAACCAAUCCACAGCCUGGCUGACAUGGAGGUCCUGCUGAAGAAGUACAAGGGCUACAAGAUUGAGUUGAGCAGCAAGCAGCUAACUGUGGACUUUGUCAACCAGCAGGUUCUACAGCCACACAUCCCGGAGGAGGACACGGAGAAACUGGACUUUGCGGAGAAGCUGGGCGAGUUCAACCAUCAAUGGAAGAUAUUCACGGGAGAUGUGAAUGACAGGCUAAAGACGCUGGAGAGACUAUCGUCCAAGUUUGAGGACUAUGAGACGUUUAUGUCUCAGCUCCAGGUCUGGUUCAGAGAACAGGAGGACAAGAUAAAGAGCUAUGGACUUGUUGGUCCCGCGUCUGGCGUCCGGCAGACACUCAAUGAAUGCAGGGAACUACAGCGUCAGUUGAAGGCCAAGGAAUCUGACAUAUUGGCUGUCAAGUCUCUGGCCGGAAACCUGAUGGACUUGAGUGUGGACUCUCCCGGGUGCCGGCGUGGAGUCCAGGACAGCUUGGACGGACUCAACAGACAGUGGCUCCAUCUUGAGGAGCAGCUGAGCCAGCUGGAGACCACCCUGGAGGGCAUGCUUGGAGAGUGGGGUCACUACUCCACACAGCUCCAGGCUCUCAUGCAGGUGCUCACCAACAUCGACUACUGCCUCAACAGCUACACCCUAGUGGGCGGUGACAUCUCCACGCUCACUGAGCAGGUCAAGAAACUCAGGACCCUGGAGGCCGAGCUCCAUCACCACGAGAACCAGAGGGACGCCUUCCUUGCCUUGGGUCAGCAGCUCACCACCGUCAGUGACGCCCCCAUCUCUGCUGACAUCCAGAAGACUGCGGCAGAUGUCCAAAACAGAUGGCGCCGACUUUCUGCUGAUCUGUCAACGCGGCGUAAGCAGUUUGAGCAGUGCUUGCAGCGAUGGCAGAAUUACGAGUCUGAGUAUGACAGUAUCAGGCGCUGGCUAGAUGAUAAGGAGAAGGUGUGCCACGGUCUGACCACCCGCCCCGAUGACCCAGCCUCACGCAGUCAGUGUCUGGAGCAGAGCAAGAACCUUCAGGCAGAGUUUGACAACAUCCAGAGUCGUGUUUCUCAGCUGUGUCGUCUGAGUGAUGAUCUUGCCAAAAGUAUGGAGCCAUCCACGAUCUUGAUGAUGACAUCCAGACACUCCGGACUUGAGCAACGACUCCUUGGACUUCGCCAGAUCCUAGCACAGAACAUUGCAGCCCUCCAAGAUGACCUGACUUCACUGGACCAGUUCCGGGAUGCUUUUGAAGUCCUCCGCAUCUUCCUGAAUCAUGCUGAGACUGUCCUGGAACAGGCCGAUCCAAACAAGUCAUCAGAUGAGAUUGAUCUGAGAGACCGUCUGAACCAGUUGAAGGACCUACAGUCUCAGUUCACCAACAACUAUGUCAAACUUGACAGUCUGAACAUCAUGGGCUACAAGCUGGCUCUAGGUGACCGGGAUGCCAACCAGUUGAGUGAGUUGAACCAUCGCUGGCACCGCCUCCACAGCAGCUGUGGGGAGAGAAGCAAGAGUCUACAGGCCAACGUGUUGGUGCAGCAGGACUUCAGUUCCAAAUGUGAUUCCUGGAUGACAUUCCUGGCCCAGACUGAGCAGGAUCUGGCAGUAGACAUAGCCGGGAAUCUAUUGGACCUCCGGGAUCAACAGAGGAUGUGCCAGAAGUUUGAGUCGGAGAUGUACAGUCGGCAGCAGGUGCUCCAUGCCAUUGUCAGCGAUGGUGGGAAGAUGUUGCAGGUAGGAGACGUUGAUGACCCUGCAGAGUUUCAGCAGAAGCUUCACCUCCUGUCUGAGCAGUGGAGGAGUGUCGUGCGCAGGGCCAACCAACGUAAAGCCAUCAUCGACAGCAGCGUCCAGCAGUGGGACACCUACAACAACCUGAGUCAGCAACUCCGAGUGUGGCUGCAGGAGAAGAACAAGGCUAUGAAGGAGUCCGAGUUUGAGGCAGCCUCACUUCAGCAGAUCAACAGCAUGCUACAGAAGGUCAAGACAACCCAGCAAGAGUUCCGCCUCCAGGAGCACAGCUUUAAGCAGAUCCAUGAGAUCGGCCGCGACCUCCAACAGCGGGCUGACCCAGCAGCUAGGGACCAGCUGAAGGUCAACAUGGACCAGCUGGAGCAAAGCUGGUGUGACAGCUACAGCAGCCUCGAGCACCACCGCACGCAUCUGGAGGAGCUCUUGCAGGAGUGGCAGGAGUGUGAGGGGGACAUUGACGACAUCCUGGCAUGGCUCCGGGAAACACGGCAGAUCCUGGCAUCCGAUCUGCCCACAGAGUACGACAGUCUCCAGGCCGACCUGAACAACACCAAGGAUAUAACAACAUCAUUCGCCAACUCGGAGGACCGCCGCCAACAGCUGUUAUCCCGUGAGAGGAAUCUGUCCCGAAGGAUCCACUCGGAGGACAUGAACAUCUUGGCCCAGCGGAUCCGCCUCCUCAACAAACAGUGGGACGAGCUGGCCAGCCAGGCCCGGGUCCGGGAACAGCGGCUCCGGGAUGCCAUGUGUCGCUGGUCCGGCUUCUCAGACCGGGUCCAGAAGUUCCUGGACUGGAUAAAGGACAUGGAGGUCACUGUGACCUCGAGUCGCGAGGUGCAUGUUGAGGACCUCCUCAACAGGCUCGAAACUGAGGUUCACGACGAGCUAAUGGCAAAGGAACGAGAGAAGAACCAGCUGAUGGAUCAAGGUCAUCGGUUGAUGAAGGUCAGCAGUGACAUCCGAGCCACGGACAUUGAACACCGCAUGGAGAAACUUGAAGAUAGAUGGCAGCACUUGCAGUCAAUUGUCAGUUUCAGGAAGAGGAAGCUGCACGAGACGGUGCUGGCUGUGAGACAACUAGACAUCAGUAUGCGCAACCUGAGCCGAUGGUUGUCAGACAUGGAAAAGGAUGUAGGUGGCGCUGUUGUCUACAGUGACUGUGACUGGCAAGAGAUACAGACCAAGAUUCACCAACAACAGGAGCUUCAGAAGGACAUUGAGCAGCACAGCGCCGGUGUGGCGUCGGUCCUCAACUUGUGUGAAGUGCUGCUCCAUGACUCCGACGCCUGCCCAACAGACAUUGAGUACAAUGCUCUACAGCAUGCUCGCAAAACCCUGGACCAGCGCUGGCGGUCCAUCUGUCAACUGUCCCCGGAGAGGCGAGCGAGGAUUGAGGAGAGUUGGCAGCUGUGGGUGGUGUUCAAGCAAGACUGUAAGACCUUCAGUGAAUGGCUGGUUGAUGUGGAGACGGAGGUUGGCACCUACAGUGUAGAAGAUGUGUCGGUGGAGCUAACCAAGGAGGAGAUAAGGAAAUAUGAGACCCUCCAGCGCAACGUCCACAACCACCUGGGUGAGCUGGAGCACAUCAACAAGCAGUACCGGCGUCUGGCCCGGGAGGGACGCACAGACACCAACGGGAGUCUCCGGGGGAGCAUGCAGGAGGUUAAUGACCGCUGGGACCAUCUGCAGCAACGUGUCACCUCCAUCAUGAAAUGCCUCCGCAACUCCACCAGCAUCCGCACCGACUUCACCACCACACGGACGUCCCUGAUGACCUGGCUGACAGAGAUGGAGACUCAGCUGAACACCACCCAGCGUCUCUCCAGUGCUGACUUGGUCGCACAGCGGGAUCAGAUCAAUAGACUGGUGGAGGAGAUCAACUCUAGGCGGAGCAGGUUCGAGUACCUGGACCAGUCUGCGGUGUACCUCAUGCAGAAGGGCGAUGCUGACGAGGUUGUGCAGGUGCAGGGGGAGUUGGAGGAGGUGCGGCGACGCUGGAAACAGGUGCUGGAGCGGGCGACCGUGUACAAUGUGCAGGUGUCAUCCACAACACAGAUGGAGGAGACCCGGCUGUUUGAACAGAGGAGUCGUGAGGAAGAGGAGGUGAGCUUCACAUCCACUGAUGUGCGGCGGAGAGAGAUGCGAGAUACGUCUGCCACCCUAGACUGGGACGUCCCCGAGCUGGAGUCCUACCUGGCAAGUUCCCCGCCCGACAGCCCCCCACAGAAACGUCGCACAGUGCUGCGAUCACCCGCACCCACUGUGGACACAGAUGCCAGCAGGCGAGUUGAGCAGAGACAGAAGAUGAAGUCAGAGUUGGGUCGGAAGGGGAAGACGGCGAAGUAUGACGCCCUCCUCAACAAGCUCGGGGAUGCCAUUGAGGAUGCAGCAGGGAAACUCCUUGUGGCCGAGCGGCAGAUUUCCUCCGGAGCAGACAGCAGUAGUCUGCAUGGCUAUCGGUCCGACUGUGAGCGGGCGAUUGAGACAGUUCAACGCCUGGAGCAGCGCCUAAAGUCCGAGACAGGCAAGACACGGAUGAACUAUCUUGACACUCAAGUCAGAAGUGUUGUGCAGCGUUGGGAGAUCCUCCAGCUGCGUAUCACAGAGCGCGAGUACAAGGUGGUGACUGAGCGCCAGGACCAGACCCAGUUCCGGGUCGACCUGGACAACAUGCUGGCCUGGCUAGAUGAAGCAGAGGCUCUGCAGUCGGCCCAGCAACCAUUGCCGGGAGACAUGGCAGAACUGGAAAGUGUCAUCAGGCAGUACAAGGACUUCCUCGUGCAACUGGAGUCCAAGAAAGCUAGGGUGUUGUCAAUCAACCUCAUCAGCAAGAACUUCAUCAACCUCUCCACAGCAGAUGGCCGUGACAUGCAGGAGAAACUCCGACAGAUGAAUGAACGAUGGGAGGCAGUCAAUUCCCGUGCUGAUAGUGUCCACCGUGGCCUGCAGGUGGCGUUGCUGCAAAGCCAGGAGUUCCAUCACGAGAUCCACGACCGCUACAUGUGGCUGGAGAGCAUCGAGAACAGGAUGCAAAAGUGUGAGCCCAUCAACCUGAAUGCUGACGAGACCCAGCUGUGGCUGCAGUACAACCGACUGAUGGAGCUGCAUGGCGAGCUGGAGCGGAACCAGCCGAAGAUCCUUGCCAUCAAGGACACCACAGACCAGCUGUACAUGAACACCGACUCACAGGAGAUGGUUAAUGCCAAAGACAAAAUGCACAUCAUCGCCAACCGUGUGAGGGCAUUACUUCGUCUGACAUCGUCCUACAUCUCUAGUCUGGAGGACAAGCUUCACAUCUCUGCCCGGGCAUCGCCAGCAAAUUUAGAUGUAUCGGACGUAUCAUCAGUGGCGUCGCGAGGUUCAAGGUCAAGUAGUCCAAGGUCAUCCUUACUGAGACCAGGGUCCUCCUUGAGAGUGAGGAAUCGAUCACCCUUUGCCCUCUCACAACAGCUUCUGUUUGGAGACACUCGACCCCUGCUCCAGCCAGCGGAUGAAACUGACAAUUUAAAUACCGCACGUGAUAUAGUGUCUCUCCGGCGUCGGCGUCCGCCGCUGUUUGCGCGAGUGUUGCGGACAGCGUUGCCGCUCCAGCUGUUGUUACUGCUGCUGCUGGGCAUGGCCUGUCUGGUCCCAAUCUGUGAGGAUGAGUACAGCUGCGUCCUGGCCAACAACCUGCAGCAGUCGCUGUCGCCGAUGUUGCGCUACACACAGGGGCCUCCGCCAAUGUAGGUUGCUGCAGUCAGCAUCUUCACAGGACACGGAAUCAUAUGUCCCUCACGUGUUGCUAACAUUUGAUCCUUCAAGUUAUACACAAAACCUGCUGCCAGGAACCCAGAGUCACAUGGUUGCCAUGGCUACUGUUUGAAUCUGUGACAUGUGUGACUUCUUAGAUGGAUUAUGUGGACUUGAGUGACAAAUGGACACAUUGGAAAUAUUGUUAGUCUGAUACCUUUGAAAAUAAUGUAUUUCUGAAAAUCCGGGAAAUAGUGUGCAUCCGGAAACCAAGGGAAAUAGUGUGUGUCCGGACACCAUGGGAAAUAGUGUGUAUGUGAGGUCCAUGUUGGACUCAUACAGCUCCGUCUGUCUUCUGUGAUAUAAUCUCUCUAAGGCAGCAGUGUUGGUCGCACAAUAGAGGACCUACCAUGAUGAGAUGGCGUCACAGAAUGUACAGGCCGUGUGACUGGGAGACUGUCUCAAAGCAGGGACCAUAAUAUGACAUAAUACUGUUUCACAUAAUACGGAAUUCACAAUGAAAUAUAUUCAUAAUAGUGUACAUAAUAUUUCUUUUGUUUUAAAGUUGUUAUCAACUGCCAUGCCUUAUACACUUCAUUAUCUAAUAUUGUAUUUCUAGAUGUCUUUCUAUGCUUGACAAGUCUGUGAUAGUCGUGCCUUGUAGCUGGUCAUAUAUCUUACAGGCAUCCGAGUGUGUCUACUCACACAAAGCUUGUAGGCAUCACCACUACUCCGUAGUCUACUGUAACCAUGGAAACUGAUCUGAAAUAUGUACAUAUAUACUCUGAUGACUGUCAAUAAUGUUAUGCUAUCAUUUUGUACAAAACCCAGUUUUCACAUCAUCAGCGGUUUAGCCAACAAUUAUCACCUAUUUUGCUACCUGUAUCAAUAAAGUAAUUCUAUAACAAA